AUGCCUCACAUACUUGGCUUGCAGCUGCUUCGACUACUGCCACUGAUUUCGUCAACAGUGAAUGUUCAGUUCGCAAAUGACGAAUACCAGUUCCUGACUUCUUGGACUGAGCUACCCUUGGACAAACAGAUUCCAGCACGAGAGGUUCUACCAAACUGGUCGACAUCAUGGCAAUCACGAGGACUUUGGCAGGCUUUGAUCGGGCUUUCUGUCCCAAUCAUUGCAGGAGUUGCCAACCACGUGCUGUUACGUCCAGCUACGGCUGCUUCGAUCUUCCAAGAUCCUUUGCUCUCAGGUUUAGACGGAGCCAAUGUCUCGGCAGCACGCUGGUACUUGGCUGGCUCAAUAUUUUCGUUCUUACACUUCGCCUUUGGAUGCAAAGCUCUACGGCUACUGGCUCAAAUGGCCUCUGAUGACGCCAAAAACCGCAAAUCGAACAUUGAGAGCGUCGCCCAGUGGCUCCGGAUGCACAGGAUGCGGACUCUUCUCACUGAUUUGCCCGCUUUUGUCUGCUUCAUUGUGGCAACCAUACGACAAUUGCACUAG